CCGGAAGUGGCCGUUUGCAUUGCGGGUGUGAUCCAUGCAGCCUCCUCGUGUUUGACAGUUCACUCCAGCCAACUUUGUAAAAUAGCUUGCCAAAGUCGCAGCUAACCCAGGCGUGAGGCAGGUAAAGGACAAAGCCUGCGGACAAUGACUUGCCCUGAAUCUGGACUUGGAGACCUGCCCUCCUCCGACUCCGCACCUGGAGACACGAGUCGCUCUGACGCAGAUGAAACCAUCAUCACUGUGACCAUUGGAGCCACUGUGCCCACUGGCUUUGAGCACACCGCUGCAGAGGAGGUCAAGGAGAAGAUUGGUGUGGACGCUCGAGUCAGCAAAGACCGAGGCCGUAUUUACUUUCCUAUCACCACUGACAAACUGUUUCAGGUGCACCUCCUGAGGUCUGUGGACAACCUGUUCGUCGUGGUCGAUGUGUUUGAUCAGUACCAGUUCAAGAGUUCAAAGGAGGAGACGUUGGCUGAUCUUCAGCAGCUUGCAUCCAAACUUCCGUGGAAUAGUGCUCUGAAGGUGUGGGAACUGAAUCGCUCUUUUAAAAAGAAAAAAAGUCAGCGCAAAGGAGGAAAUGGCACCAAGGUCAAGUCAAACAGCGAGUUAAUGGACUCAGCUGCGAGUGGCAGCGAGCAGCUGGAGCAGCCACAGGUACCUGUGGAAGAAGACGGUCAGAAAGGAAGCACGUCUGACGUGGAGAUGAUCACGUUUGAGACAGAGGAAGCAGCUCCGGAGGCCAAAAUCCUCAAAUUUCGCGUGACGUGCAGCAGGGCCGGUGACAAGCACAGCUUCUCCUCGAAUGAGGCGGCAAGAGAUUUUGGUGGAGCUGUGCAAGAAUUUUUCCAGUGGAAAGCAGACAUGACGAAGUUUGACGUUGAGGUUUUAUUAAAUAUACACAAUGAAGAGGUAGUGGUGGGCAUCGCACUGACUGAGGAGAGUCUGCACCGGAGAAACAUCAGCCACUUUGGUCCCACUACUCUCCGCUCCACUCUGUGUUACGGCAUGCUCAGGUUGUGCAAACCCCAAACGUCUGAUGUCAUUCUCGAUCCGAUGUGUGGGACGGGAGCUAUUCCUCUAGAGGGGGCGAUAGAGUUUUCAAGUUCGUAUUACAUUGCUGGGGACAACAAUGAUAUGGCAGUCAACCGUACUGUCAACAACGUGUGCCACAUCCAAAAAAGGAUGGCUGAGAAGAGCAGCCACUCAGGGUUGCCCAUUGACACAGUGCAGUGGGAUUUGUGUAACUUGCCUGUACGGAGCAGCUCAGUCGACAUCAUCGUCACUGACAUGCCCUUCGGGAAGAGGAUGGGAUCACGAAAGAAGAACUGGGAUCUGUACCCUGCCUGCCUGAGAGAAAUGGCACGAGUCUGCAGACCUGGCUCAGGAAAGGCUGCUCUGUUGACUCAGGACAAGAAAUGCUUUGCCAAGGCCGUCUCCAGGAUGGGUGGACUGUGGAGGAAAGUGCUCACUGUUUGGGUCAACGUUGGGGGUUUACAUGCCGGCGUUUACCUCCUCCAGCGGACCUGCGGCGUGUUUGGCCAAACUCCUGAAGAUGUGUACCAGUCACGCCAAAGCCUUCAGACGCAGGAGGAGAAGAAAAGUGCUGCGGAGAGCUCCUAAUUCAAAUGUUUGCUUCCACCAAUAUUUAGAUUUUCUCCAGUGGUGACUCAACAAUCGUUUUAUUUCAAGUCCAUUACGUGCUGCUGCGUCACUGCGUUCAUUUGCUCUAAAUAAUAAACAAUUGACUAGUCUGAGCACCAAACUGUGCUGAAGUUGUGACUCAAGAAAGGACUUUCAUUCUUAGAGUGAAUGUUCCCAAAAGACAUUGAUGGACACUUUGUUGGAUGAAAAACUCGUCUCAGACUAUUUGAAUGUGUUACGAUUGAAUCAGCUCCAGUUACAAAGAGGAAAUGUCCGUUGAUAAUUCUUGGGUUUCUUCAGAAGAACUGAGGAUCCCAGUGGGUGUGGGGUUUUUUCCCCAUCUUCUGUUUACCUGAGUCAUUGGGUGAUGCGCUCAUUGAUUUGUGUGAGAUGUGUAGGUGAGCAGUUGCUUCACAGGGCCGUCGUCCAACUUCCUGGCCUGAGCUUGCCUCCAACCCUUGACAUCCCGUAACAUGAGACCGCCUCAAGUCAUGCUGUCAUUACUCAGCCAGCCAGAAGUUGUCUAGGAUUCAAGCCUGUUGUUUAUCUACGUGAUUACACUGAAGAAUGAGUCUGCAGUUUCAGUGACGCGCCUCUAUUUACAUUCAGUUGGGUUGUUUUUGGAGAGAGUCCAGCCUGGAAUUAGAUCUUAGCAUCUCAACCAUCAUGUGGGCGCAGCUCCAUUUCAGUGACGAUCAUACCGCUCUAGACCACCUCUAGUCGUGGGCCGACUGUUUUCAGUGGUGUCUGAAAGACUAUAUGUGAAACUACAUUUGUGGUGUUCUUCAAGGUACUAUUUUAGUGACGUUCCAUCUACAUGAUGCAUUCAGUUGAAAUCGUCCAGCAGCCCUCAAAAGGAUUUUCAAGGUGUGUCUUGAUGAUGUCACCAGCUGGAUGGCACAAAGUUCCCCUCAACUGAGCCGCUCACGUAUUAGUCGUUCCUUCACCAUACUCUCCACGCCUCCGGUGUCUCAAUACAUGACUCCUAUAGCCCAAAAUUUCUUGUCUCUUCGCUUUCAUUUGACCUUGACUUUAAGAAAAAACAGACCAGUCCUGUUUGCUUCCAUUAACACUGAUAUAUAAAAUGAAACCCAUACUCCAAUAUGGACUGGUGCGACUCCCCUCCAACCACUUCAGAACUCAGCAGUGAGGCUUCUAACUGGCUUUAACAGAUGAUGUCGACCCCCACAAGGCAGCUACACUCCUCAGAACCUCAGGUGCAUCCUGGCUUGUGGGCGACCCGGCCAUCUCUCACUCUGGGUCCCUCGCCUCUGGAGCAGCCUGCCAGAGGAGAUCGGGAGCACGACAUGAAACUCACUAUAUAGACUUCCUCAUUUUCCUCAUUUAUGUUUCUGUUUUGUUUGUAAAGCACUUUGUGACAGGUGU